AUGGCUGAUCCUCUCACAAUAGUCGGCAUCAUUGCCAACAUCGUCCAGCUUGUCGACUUUAGCACGAAAGUCCUAGCGCGUCUCAACGACUUCCAAUCCAGCCUCGGGGAGAUUCCAAAGGCCUUUCGACACAUUAAAGCCGAGCUGCCAGUCCUGCAGGAGACGCUCAAACAAACCAGAGGCAAAAUCGAUGAUGGUGCUGUUGAAGACUCAACGAGGGCUGCGUUGCUGCCAGCCGUUCAAGGUUGCAAGAUUCAAAUUGAAGCUCUCGAUGCUCUCCUUGCCGAAACCUUACCAGUGGCAGGUGACUCUCGCUUCAAGAAGUCUACAAAAGCGCUAUGGAGCAUAACUCAGGACAGCAAAGCUGAAGGCAUUACGAAGACUCUCCGUGGUUAUAUCGCAACCCUUACAUUCUACCACGCCGCUGCGUCUUCGACGUUGCAGCCAAUGAAAGAUACAAAACUUGUUGAGAUUCGUCGAUGGCUAUCUCCACCCGAUCCGUCAAUCAAUUACCGGAAAGCAAUCAAACUCCGUCAGUCUGACACUGGUCUUUGGCUUUUGGAGAGUGAAGUAUAUUCUAAGUGGAAGAGAAAUGCGUCAUCCUUUGUCUGGCUGUAUGGCAUCCCUGGCUGCGGCAAAACUAUCCUUACUUCAACGGUCACUGAGGACAUUUUUCUUUACUGUGCCAACGAUCCUGGUAAAGUAGUUGCGUACUUCUACUUCGACUUCACCGAUGCAAAUAAGCAGAAAACUGAGCUUAUGGUACGGUCGCUGAUCUCUCAACUCUCGGAACAAUGCAUCAAAAUGCCGUUGGCGCUCGAGGCACUAUACUCAUCCUCAGAUAAGGGAAAUCGACAACCUUCCCUCGAUGCACUUAUGAAUGUUCUCCAGCAUAUGCUUCAAGAGUUUCCACAGUCGUAUCUGAUUCUAGAUGCUUUGGAUGAGUGCGCGAACCGAGCUGAGUUGGCGAGAAUCCUCGAACAGAUGGCCGAAUGGCAGCUCGAGGAUAUGCGCGUCCUGGUUACAAGUCGGAAAGAGCGCGACAUCGAGAGCUCGCUAAAGGACAUCAUAAAUAGAGACUGUAUCAUCUACCUCGAACCCCAAGUAGUAGACAAGGAUAUUCAAACUUACAUUUGCCAGAGGUUGUCUGAUGACAAGGAAUUAAUAAAAUGGCAAAAGGAUGCUGAGAUUAGGCGGGAGAUUGAGACUACCCUAAUGGAAGGCUCUCGCGGAAUAAGGUUCCGGUGGGCUGUCUGCCAGAUGGACACAUUAGGGAAGUGUCGCACUCGGUCAGCGCUUCGGAAGGCUCUAAAAGCGCUACCAACAACACUAGAUGAGACAUACGAAGAAAUCUUGUGUAAAAUCAGCGACACGGACGCAGAGUAUGCUAUACGCAUCCUUAAGUGGCUGGCCUUUUCAUCCAGGCCACUAUCAGUGGAAGAGCUCGCCGAGGUAGUCGCUAUCGACGUGGAGCGAGAGACCGCCUUUGAUCGGGAGGAGGUCCUUGAAGACCCGAUGGAAGUUCUGGAUAUUUGCAUGAGUCUUGUCUCAGUAGUCAUGACAGAAACGUCUUCCUUGAGUGAGCCGAAUCGCCACUUGAGUACAAUAUCCCAGACUGUCACAUUGGCCCAUUACUCUGUUCAAGAGUACCUCGUCUCUACGCGUAUCUGUCAUGGCCGCGCCGCGCGAUAUAGCAUGCAACCAGCUGCCUGCCAUGUGUACAUUGCAAAGGGAUCCAUUGGUUAUCUUCUCCAAUUUGAAAAGGAAUUAUUUAAUCGUUUCGAAUCUGCUAUAUCUUUCCAACAAGUCUAUAUACUGGCUCAAUACUCAGCUGAGCACUGGAUCAUCCAUACUCGUAACGGCGAGGAGGGCGAUAAUCAGCUGACUUAUUUGGCCACUAAGUUUCUUUCCACAGGAGACGGUGCUUACUUGAACUGGCUUCGUUUACAUGACCCAGACGAUGCUUACUUGAACUGGCUUCGUUUACAUUACCCAGACGACGGCGUAUGGAGGACAUCUAACUUUAGAAGAGAAUUGGACUCGUGUCCUAAUCCACUAUACUAUGCAUCACUUGGUGGUAUAGCUGACACCGCUGCCAGAUUAGCUGAGGAGGACGCCAACGUUAACUCGCAAGGAGGACAUUACGGCAACGCUCUUCAGGCGGCAUCAGCCGGAGGCCAUGAAAAGCUCGUCGGGGUGCUGCUGAGCAAGGGCGCCGACGUCAACGCGCAAGGAGGAUAUUACGGCAACGCGCUUCAGGCGGCGUCAGCCAAAGGCCACGACAAGCUCGUCGGGGUGCUACUGAGCAAGGGCGCUGACGUCAACGCGCAUGGAGGAGUCUACAGCAACGCUCUCCACGCAGCAUCAGCUGGAGGCUACGACAAGCUCAUCGAGGUGCUACUGAGCAAGGGCGCUGACGUCAACGCGCAAGGAGGACAUUACGGCAACGCUCUUCAGGCGGCAUCAGCCGGAGGCCAUGAAAAGCUCGUCGGGGUGCUGCUGAGCAAGGGCGCCGACGUCAACGCGCAAGGAGGAUAUUACGGCAACGCUCUUCAGGCGGCGUCAGCCAAAGGCCACGACAAGCUCGUCGGGGUGCUACUGAGCAAGGGCGCCGACGUCAACGCGCAUGGAGGAGCCUACAGCAACGCUCUCCACGCAGCAUCAGCUGGAGGCUACGACAAGCUCAUCGAGGUGCUACUGAGCAAGGGCGCUGACGUCAACGCGCAAGGAGGAUUUUACGGUAACGCGCUCCAGGCGGCAUCAAUAGUAGUAAGCGGCCUGGUGGGAGCAACUAGAGGCCACAAUAAGAUCGUUGAGGUGCUGCUGAGCAAGGGCGCCGACGUUAACGCGCAAGGAGGAUAUUACGGCAACGUGCUCCAGGGGGCAUCAUUUGAAGGGUGCGACAAGCUCGUCGAGGUGCUACUAAGCAAGGGCGCCGACGUUAACGCGCAAGGAGGAGUCUACGGCAACCCGCUCCAGGCGGCAUCAGCCGGAGGCCAUGAAAAGCUCGUUGGGGUGCUGCUGAGCAAGGGUGCCGACGUUAGCGCGCAAGGAGGAUAUCACGGCAACGUGCUUCAGGCGGCGUCAGCCAAAGGCCACGACAAGCUUGUCGAGGUGCUUCUAAGCAAAGGCGCUGACGUCAACGCGCAAGGAGGACACUACAAAAACGCACUCCAGGCAGCAUCAGCUGGAGGCUACGACAAGCUCGUUGAGAUGCUGCUGAGCAAGGGCGCCGUGCAAGAGUUAGGAAGCUAA